AAGAGGGAGAAUUAUCAAAAUGGACUGAAAUAGUAAUAAAAAAUUGGAGUUCUGAACAGACCCCCUCACAUCAUGUUAAAACGUAAUUCAACCAAUCAUCCAAUCGAUAUUUCCGGUCCCGAUGCACAAGUGGAAAAACUAUUCUCCGAAUUUUUAAACUACAAACAAGUAUUCAUACCCUCGAGUGAAGAAGAUUUCGGUAAUUUUGCCUGCAGUGUGGACAAACUAACAGGUUUUGCUUUCCUAAUCCAAAAAAACGAAAUUCAACUCUACAGUAUCACGGCAACAACAGUGAAAUUUAUCUGCAAGACAGAAAUUUAUGAAAACAAAAUUUUCGAUCUAGAUCCCUACGUUGCUAUCACACCUCUUCUAAAAACAAAAAAUUAUUCCAUCACAAUUGGCAAAAAUUUUUACUACUCAAUUCUCCUAGCACUCUCACUGACACUAAUCAGCAGAGUAAUUGUCAAAAUCUUUCACUUUGAUUCGUCGACAAAUUGGAACUGGACCAUAAUCAUCAGCAUUAUAUUCGGAGUGACAAUAAACCAACAACCUUGUGAACAAAAACAACGAAUUAUAUUCUUCUCCUUCUUGAUAGUAAACUUCUACUAUUCAUUCAACAUAUUUCUCUCGUUAACAAAUUUUAAUCUACGCCCCGAGGAACAAAGAAUUAUAAAUACAAUUAAUGACCUUAUAAAAAGUGAUCUUCAAUUCAGUUCAGAAGCCGGUAAGACAAAAACAAUGCUACAUGUAUGAUUAAUCAAAAUUCCUUUACGAAUUGGGUGAAAAACGGUCGUUUAACAACACCCGAAGAGUGCGUGGAAUUAUUAAUAAAAAAUAGGAACAUAAGCUGUAUUAUGAGAUUGUCACAAGCGAAAUGGUACGUCGAUUUUUAUAGGGAAAGAAAUUUAGUGCAGUUUGUCGAGGAAUUUAUCUACACUGUUGGUAUUGGCUAUUAUCUUGAACCUGGUUCUCCGUUCGUGGAGAAAUUUCAACAAGUACAUAGAGUACUGAUGGAAUUUGCAUUAUUGAAAGAGGGGAAAAUGAAAAUUUUGGCAAAUCCUACAGAGCACGAAGAGGAGAAAAAAAAUCACAAAAUGAUAAUAAUGAUCAUUGGAAAGUACUUUCGUUAAUGAUUGGAGUAUUAAUUUCCGGUUAUUCAGCAUCAAUAAUUUCGUUUCUUCUCGAAAUUACCAUUGGUAAACAUAAAUUUUCAACAAACAAACAUGGAGGACAUGGAAAUUGUGAAUGAUAAAACAAUAAACAAUAGGAGGGGACUGUCGAUGAUGUAUUUUUCUAUUGCGAAUGAAAAAUUUUUGGAUGAUUGACGAGUUCCACAUGAUGCUUAAAAAAAGAAAAAUAAUCAAUCAUGUACGGAUUAAUCCUGGAGAAUUUGUCCGAGUACAUCAGACAAGUGUACGGAGAAGAUCGAUGGGAGGAGAUCCGCCGACUGGCGGCGGUCGAACAACCAAGUUUUAGUGUUCACCAGGUUUAUCCUGAAAAUCUCAUUCCGAGAUUGGCCAAAAAGGCAAUUCAGGUUCUCGGAAUAACCGAAAAGGAAUUUUUCGACCAAAUGGGCGUACAUUUUGUCGGUUUUGUCAGUCAAUAUGGAUACGAUCGUGUUCUUUCGGUUCUGGGUAGGCAUGUGAGAGAUUUUUUGAAUGGCCUAGACAAUCUUCAUGAGUAUCUUAAGUUCUCCUAUCCCCGAAUGAGGGCGCCUUCUUUUAUUUGCGAAAACGAGACUCGACAAGGUUUAACUCUACAUUAUAGAAGCAAACGUCGUGGUUUUGUUUAUUACACAAUGGGACAAAUAAGAGAAGUUGCCCGUCAUUUUUAUCACAAGGAAUUGAAAAUUGAACUUGUACGUGAAGAGGUUUUAUUUGACACGGUUCACGUUACGUUUCAAUUGACCUUUGACAAUCGAGCUUUUACAUUAGCCUCUCUUGCCAUGACUCGCGAAGAAAAACACCUGCCAAUAGGAGCUUCUGUCUUAUUUGAGAUUUUUCCCUUUUGCAUAGUCUUUGGAUCGGACAUGGUUGUAAGGAGCAUCGGUAAUUCUUUAAUGGUUAUUCUACCCGACCUACUUGGCAAGAAAAUUACCCACUGGUUUGACUUGGUGAGACCACUAAUCGCCUUCAAGUUUCAAUCGAUUUUAAAUAGAACAAACAACAUUUUUGAAUUGGUCUCAGUUGAGCCUGUUUUGACUGAACGACCAUCUGACAGAAAAAAUAAUCACAUUAUGAUGAGUGACGAGCAUGAUUCGCAGGACGAUAAAACUCUUCGAUUGAAAGGUCAAAUGAUUUACAUGGACAAUUGGAAAAUGAUGAUGUAUCUAGGAACGCCUGUUAUGCCUGAUCUUAACGCUCUAAUAGCUACUGGACUUUACAUAAAUGAUCUCUCAAUGCACGACUUCAGCAGGGACCUAAUGUUAGCUGGAACUCAACAAUCAGUAGAACUAAAAUUAGCAUUGGAUCAGGAGCAAUUAAAAAGUAAAAAACUCGAGGAAUCAAUGAGAAAACUUGAUGAAGAAAUGCGACGAACUGACGAACUUCUGUAUCAAAUGAUACCGAAACAAGUGGCCGAUCGUUUGAGAAAUGGAGAAAGUCCCAUUGAUACUUGCGAGAUGUUUGACAGUGUCUCAAUUCUAUUCUCGGAUGUGGUUACUUUUACGGAAAUUUGCAGUCGACUAACACCAAUGGAAGUAGUGUCAAUGUUGAAUGGCAUGUACUCACUAUUUGACACUCUAACGGAACGAAAUCGCGUGUAUAAGGUUGAAACAAUCGGCGAUGCUUAUAUGGUGGUGUCAGGAGCUCCAGUGAAGGAGAAUGACCAUGCGGACCGAGUUUGUGACAUGGCUCUCGACAUGGUCGAAGCGAUAACUGACCUGAAAGAUCGUUCAACAGGUGAACAUCUACAGAUAAGAAUCGGUAUUCAUAGUGGAGCUGUUGUAGCCGGAAUAGUAGGUCUAAAAAUGCCUCGCUAUUGUCUUUUCGGCGACUCUGUAAACACGGCAUCAAGAAUGGAGGCAACUAGUGAGGCAAUGCAAAUACAUAUUUCUGAAUCAACUAAAGAACUUUUGUCGCCCUCGUACAAAGUCAAGAAACGGGGAGAAAUUCAAGUUAAAGGAAAAGGUACAAUGAAAACUUACUGGUUGGAGAAAAGGGAAUCACGAUCGGUUACAACGAAAGGAAUUUCAAUUCAGGAGCCACCACAAUGGCUCAGCAAGGCCUCGGAAAAGCGACUUUCCUCUGUCAGUAUUACAGAUAUUCAAAGAAAUUGCACAGAACCAUCGUCGAGAAGGGAAUCACGACUAUCGUCACCGGUUCCACAGGGAUCACCUAGCCUAAUCCCGGAGGAGAGGAGAAUUUAUUCACCCGUUACUUUUCAGGACGUUGCUCGACGCUCUGUCGCUAAUUCGCCUACAAAAAAUAACGAUAUGAGAGAGACGCGGUCCAAUUCGGUGGGAGCUGUUUCAAUUUCCUUUCGAAAUCCCACAGACGUUUUUGGAUCACUACUCAGCGAUACAGAGGAGCAUUUUAGAUUACAUAGAAAUAGUCUUUCGAUUCAUGGACAAUCGACGGGAGUACACGUGAAACCGGAAGUAAAAGUUAGUGCCGAUACGAGUUCAUCAUCGGAUGAUGCAACAUCAUCAGCAAAAAUAAUGGACGCAACAAGUAAUGAAUGUUCAACUGCUGCUGAAAGCGAUAUCAGUAAUUCACAACUUCUCGUUAAAGAGGGACAAUGUUGUCCAGGAUUUGCUAUGACAAAAAGUGGCAAAAUCCGUCAUCCAAAUAAUAAUUGUGUCAUUUCAUAAAUGAAAGCUUAGAUUUUAAUUAUUUAUGUGACAUUGAAUUGAAAUUUUCAUAUCAAAGGGAAAUUUCGGAAUUCGAAUUUAAACAAGAACUAUCCAUUUUUACAUUUCUUGAAGUCUCCUCAAAAAAUGAGUUCGUUUCUUUUAUUCUCAUAAUAACUAGUCAAUAAUUUUUAUAGUGUCAUCUACAAAAGAACGUAUCAUUGUUAUUUAAAUAUAAGUGUUUAGAAAAAAAAAAAUGCAACACUAUCGAGAUUGCAAUUUCACGAAAAAAUGAACAAUAAUAAUGAAAUCAAAUAAAAACUUACAGUAUAAAGAGACAAAUUCUAUUUUGAAUGCAAACAAAAUUAAUUUUAGUUCGAUACGGACAAUAAAAUAAAAACAAAAUAUUUACAGUUGGCGCCUGAAAAGUCUUAAAUAAUAGAAUUGAAAAUUUAGUUUUUAACAAAUGUCUCACUAUUCUAAUUAGUAAAAUAAUCUACUAUAUAUUCUUUA